AUGGACGACCACGCAGUCCUGUCGGACUCGGAGCUGGCCGCCAUGCUGCGCAGUACAACAUCCCACACGGGCCCGUCGUUGGUACGCGGUUCCACUCGCAAGCUCUACGAAAAGAAAAUCUUCGAGUAUGAGACCCAGAGGCGGAGGCUCUCGCCCCCGAGCUCGUCUGCAUCCUCUUUCUCCUAUCGGUUCUCGGACGUAGAUUCGGCGUCCAUGGACUCGGAUAUGUAUGAUCUGCCCAAGAAAGAGGACGCCUUACUUUACCAGAGCAAGGGCUAUAAUGAUGACUACUAUGAGGAGAGUUACUUGACCACCGGGACUUAUGGGGAACCUGAGUCUAUGGGCACAUCCAAGGGCUUCCGCCAGCCCUCAGCUUCACUCUCAGAUGCUGACCCUUUUCACCGCCAGAACAGGCUGGGAAGGGUAGUGUGGACUGAGGGUAUGACCUGUCAUACCUACAUCGACCCCGCCAAUAGGUAUCCUCACUCUGAUUCACUUCUGUCGGUCCGUGAUGACAAUCUUUUCUCUUUGGAAGAGGAAGGCAAGGAUCGGGAACACCUCCUGUAUGGCCAGAACAGUGCCCACCAGAACAUCGCACACUACCGCCCUAUUUCCAACAUCUCCAGAAGCUCCCUGGGCCUGUCCUAUUAUCUCACAUCCUCCUCCACCUCGAGUGUGUCCUCGUCUUCAUCUUCGGCCCCUUCAUGGCUCACCCGCCGAGCCAUCCGGCCUGAAAAGCAGGCCCCUGGGGCUGCCGGCCUGGGCCAGGAUCGCCAGGUCCCGCUCUGGGGCCAGGUGCUGCUGUUCCUGGUCUUUGCUGCCUUCCUGCUCUUUGUUUACUACUCCAUGCAGGCCGAGGAUGGCAACCCCUUCUGGGCAGAGCCCUAA